CUCAGCCAUGUCACUCAGUGGAUGAUUUAGAUCCAUUCAACCUUCACAGGACCGAAGAGGUAGUCUUUGUUACAGCCAUUCAUAAGCUCUUGAUGGGUAACACCUUCCUCUUCGAACCCAUCCUGGGCGAGAACUGUGCCUUUACAUGAUUGCUCUUGGUAAAGAUUGUACUAGUCUCUUACCCCUGACAGACAAGGAUGAGAAGGUUUGAUGACUCCAUUCAUUACACCAAAGCUUUUAACAGCAGGGAUGGAUCUCUCUGUUUUAUAUGGUCAUAUGAAGUCAGCCAUAAGACCAGCACAAGAAACUCUCCUGCUUCUCCACACAGCUCAGCGACCAUCGGAGUUCCUCUGUUAUAACCACACAUGCCAACACUCCAAGACACUGGAAAUUGUUAUCCAUCUUACAACACAGACUUCAGUAUUGUUUGGUGCACUGACUCCUUUGAAGAGCCAGGGUUCUGAUGUAGCUCUCCUGCAGAUGGGAGGCAUAGCCCAUAUUGUCUACCUCUUUGCUAAGGCUAGUUGAACUGAAAUGUGAGGAGGCCGAACAGGCGGUGGCUCUGGGCUUCUUGUGCACUGUGUCCACCACGUCACCCCAGUUGGCUGCCCAGUAUGAG